AUGGUCCUGCACAACCCUAACAAUUGGCAUUGGGUGAACAAGGAUGUUUCUGCUUGGGCCAAGGAAUGGUUUGAGGAGAACCUAGUGAAGCUCCAGGUAGAGCAAGGCGAUGUCAAGGCCAAGAUCAGCAAGAUCCAGUCCAUGAACGGUGACGUUGACGUUAGCCAGCGCAAGGGCAAGGUCAUCACCAUCUUCGACGUGAAGCUUGUUCUUGAAUACUCUGGCUCUGCCCCUGAUGCCGAUGACGUUUCCGGGACCAUCACAGUCCCAGAGGUUGCCCACGAUACGGAGGAAGAUGAGUAUGUUUUCGACAUCGACGUCUUUGCCGAAUCGAAAGAGAAGCAGCCUGUCAGGGACCUAGUGCGUACAAAGCUUGUUGCUGAGCUCCGUAAAGAAUUUCAGAAGCUUGCCCCCGCUCUGAUCAGCGAACACGGUAGAGACAUUCAGCAUACCGCUGGUUCCAACCCAUCCAGCGGCUUCUCCACACCAAAAACGUACAAUCCGCCCAACAGUGAGACGAAGCAGGCUCCCGCUGCUGCCACCAAGACUAGCACUGGCGGUGUCGUGAAUACUACAACCGUCACUGACAACGAAGAGUUCCGUACGACUGCGGAGGAGCUAUACCAGACGUUUAUUGAUCCUCAACGUAUUGCAGCCUUCACCCGUUCCCCACCCAAGGUUUUUGAGGGCGCUAAGGAGGGCGGCAAAUUCGAGCUUUUUGGCGGGAACGUUUCUGGUGAAUAUGUUGAGCUUGAGCAGAACAAGAAGGUUGUCCAGAAAUGGAGACUGGCUCAGUGGCCUGCCACCCACUUCUCCACGCUGAAGAUGGAGUUCGACCAAAAUGACGUUGACCACGUUACUGUCAUGCGGGUCACCUGGGAUGGUGUUCCUGUUGGCCAGGAAGAAGUCACGAAGCGAAAUUGGCUUGAAUACUACGUCAAGAGUAUCAAGGCUACGUUUGGCUUCGGUACCAUUCUAUAA